CAUCAUGGAGUUUGGAAGAGUUUGGUCCAGAUAUCAGAGGACGGUGCUGAUCACCAUGAUGAUGUUCAAACUGGGCCUCCUGUGCACAGCAGCGGCAGACAAGUGUUUGUCAUCUCCCUGCAGUAAUGGUGCCACAUGUCUGGACCACCUGGGUGACUAUGUGUGUCUAUGCCCUAAAGGACCGGUGUGGUACAUGGGCAAAAACUGUGAUGAGCUGUAUGACGCCUGUAUCAUGGCACCUUGCACCAACUGCACCAGCACACCAGGGACUGAUGAGUACACCUGCCACUGCCCGGACGGCUUCACAGGGCUCAACUGCACAGAAGAUCUAGAUGAAUGUCAGAGAAACCCCUGCACAGGCAUCCAGUCAUACUGUGUCAACAGAGUCAAUAACUAUUCUUGCCACUGCCCCCUGGGGUUGGGAGGGGAGGACUGCAAGGAUAAUGUGACCACUUGCUCAGAGGAAACAUGCCAUAAUGGUGGCACCUGUGAGGACAUCCCUGACACUGGGCACAGGUGCCAGUGUGCGGCUGGGUACCAGGGGAAGAGCUGUGAGGAAAACAUUGAUGAAUGCCAGUCUGAACCCUGUCAAAAUGGAGCCAUCUGUAAAGACGGGGUUAAUGCCUACCAGUGUUUCUGUGUGCCUGGAUUUCAAGGCUACCACUGUGACUUGGACAUCAACGAGUGUGCCUCCCGACCGUGUCAGAACAAUGGCACAUGUCAGGAUGAAGUGGAUCAUUACAGCUGUGACUGCUCUCUGGGCUUCAAAGGGAUUAAUUGUGAGGUGGAGAUCGAUGAGUGCGAGGUGCAUCCCUGCCAGAACGGCGCCACCUGCCGAGACCACGUCGCCAUGUACACGUGUGAGUGCAUGGCCGGUUUCCAAGGCCAAGACUGCGAGGUCAACAUAGACGAAUGUGCCAGCACCCCCUGUUUGAACGAGGGCAAGUGCAUAGAUGGGGUCAAUAGCUAUAAGUGUGACUGUGAGGGGACGGGCUUUGUAGGCGACCACUGUGAGGAGGAUAUUCCUGAAUGUGCGUCUGAUCCCUGCCAGCAUGGAGCUGCCUGUUUGGAGGGGAUCAACGAGUACAAGUGCCUCUGCUGGCCAGGUUACGAGGGAGAGAACUGUGAGCUGGAUAUCGAUGAAUGCAAGCAGAAUCCCUGUGAGAAUGACGGCGAGUGUUUCCAGCGCUCAGAUAUUCUGAACUAUGGGAUGCUCCCUGAACUCAGCAAAGACAUUUUCAGCUAUGAAGAGGCAGCUGGUUUCAUCUGCCACUGUCCACCAGGAUUCACUGGAGACAACUGCUCAGUCAAUGUGGACGAGUGUGAGUCUGCUCCAUGUCAGCACAGGGGAACCUGUCAGGAUCUGGUCAACUCUUAUCAGUGUGUGUGUCCAGAUGGUUUUACAGGUGUACACUGUGAGGUGGACAUCAACGAAUGUGACAGCAAUCCCUGCCAGAAUGGCGCCAUGUGUGAAGACGCUGCCAACUCCUAUAGGUGUCACUGCCCCAUGGCAGAGCCUGGCCAGGAGCCCUGGGGUGGGCUAGACUGUGACGUCCGCCUGAUCGGCUGCCAACAGCACCAGUGUCAGCAUGACGCAGGUUGUGUCCCCGUGCUGACCAAUGAUGGAGAGCACAGCUACACCUGCCUGUGUUUGCCCGGUUGGUCUGGAGAACGCUGCAACACCUCCACCACCUUCUCCUUCAACUCCCAGGGCUAUGUCCACAUGCAGCUUCCUGUUUCCCAAAACAGGACGAAACGAGAGACUAAUCAUGGGCUCCACAUGCAACUCAGAUUCAAGAGCACUCUGCCAGACAUGGUGCUGUACUACCGCGGCAGCAGGGACCGCUUUCUGUCCUUGGAGCUUGUUGGAGGUUCCCUUCAGGCCAGGGUCAAGUUCGGGAAGCUACUGCAGGUCAUUUAUCCUGGCCCAGUCAACGACGGGGGAUGGCACCAGGCCACUGUGACCAUGGACGAGAGACUGGUUCUGGUUGUAAAAGGACCUGGCUGUGAGGAAGAGUGCCUGGUGAAAAAUGAGGGCUACAACCAUCUGAUCUUUCUCCAGCCCAGCUCCUUUCAACAGCUAUAUAUUGGAGGGGCACCGAAGGAAUAUUUAGCCCACACAUCCAGUGGAAGCGGCUUCAUCGGCUGCAUGGAAGACCUUCAAGUUGAUCACAAGCUGCUUUUGCCUCAGGACCUCAUCAGAGAGGAGAACCAGGGCUUCGAAUUAGGAUGCAGCAAAAAAGAUUGGUGUCAAGAUGACCCAUGCAUGGAGCGUGGGCAGUGUGUGGACAUGUGGGUUCGCCCCAGCUGUCAGUGUCAUCGGCCAUACUAUGGAGAGAACUGUGAGAAAGAGUAUCCAUCCUGGACCUUUGGUCAUGAGAACACCACCAGCUACAUCGGUUUCAACAUCUCAGAAAGCCAUGGAGAAAACUUCACUAUCUCCUUUAUGAUGCGCUCUCUCAAACACAGUGGUCUGCUCCUGCAGCUCCGUCGAGAGGAAACACCCUACCUGACAAUCUAUCUGAAGGAGGGCACUGUUGCUAUUUACAGCCCGCACACUACAUUGCUGUCAGAGGCCAAGUUUGUCACUGACGGCAACAACAAUUUAGUGACUGUAAAGGUUCAAUAUGGCCAUGUGGUCUUCCCUAAAGCAGGGUAUCAGCGCGCCUUAGGGAACGUGAGUGUAGAGGCAGGGGAUGUGGUGUAUGUGGGUGGGCUCCCUGCAGGCAUGAGCUUGAAUUCUUGGGGUAGACACAUCAAGGGCUGCCUGCAAGACAUUCGGCUGGACAACAAGCAUUUGAUCACUGACGAUCAUCCAGGCAGGGUGGAGUCUUACCAGGCAAGCACAGUGGAGAAUGUGUUGCCAGGAUGCCACAGUGAUGACACAUGCAAGGAUCAGCCCUGUUUCAAUGGUGGAGAGUGUCAGAUUACCUGGAAUGACUUCAGGUGCGACUGUCCCGUUAACUACUCUGGCCGGCUGUGCGAGACACGUCUGUGGUGUGUCGAUAAUCCUUGUUUUGACAGAGUGCGAUGUGUGGACCUACAGGAUGGUUAUGAGUGUUUAACUGAAGCCAUUUUUCAGGACAACGCCCUCCAGUAUGUUGCCAACAGCUCCAUGCUGAGCCCUGUAACCAACAUCACCAUGGAUAUACGGACACGGGACAAGAACGGGAUCUUGUUUCGUGCUGAAAGCAGAGCUGAAGUCUUCUGCGUGGGUCUUCUCAACUCCUCCCUGCUGGUCAAACUGGACAGCGGGGCGAGUGCAGAGCUGAUGGCCUUCACCAGUGACAGGGCUGUUGCAGACGGAGGGUGGCAUCACAUCCAGCUCACCAUGGUCGAUCCCACACAGUUAGUGUCCCGCUGGCGCCUAACUGUUGAUGGGCAGAGAGUUGGUGGCAGCUACAGUGUUGGUGGCAACCUUAACUUCCUCAAUGAAACCAAAAUCUGGCUGGCUGAGAAAUACACAGGAUGUUUAGGGGAGGUGAGAGUAGCUGGAGUCUACCUGCCGCUCAUAAAUGUGCCAGACGCCCCUCAGAUGAGCCGCUUCUCCAGACUGGGUGGGCAUGAGCCAAUCAUUGGAUGCCAAGGUGCUCCUAUUUGUGAUUCCCAGCCCUGCCUUAACCAGGGGGUGUGUCAGGACCAGUUUAAUGAGUACAACUGCAGCUGCAGUGCAGGAUGGGAGGGGGAGCUGUGUGAGAUGGAGAUAAAUGAGUGUUCUUCAGUACCCUGUGUCUAUGGUACAUGUAAAGACCUUCUGGCAGACUACCAGUGUGACUGUGAGCCUGGAUACACAGGGAAGGACUGUCAGGACGAGGUGGACAACUGUCUGGAGUUCCCCUGUGUGAAUGGAGGAACCUGUGUGGACACAGUGGAAGUUCACACAUGUUCAUGUCCUCCUGGUUACAUUGGCAAACGCUGCCAAUGGCGUUUCCCUCCAGUGGCUUGCGAUGAAAACACGCCAUGUCUUAAUGGAGGGGUUUGUAUUGGAGGUGACAUUGGAGGCAACUGCACCUGCAAGCCAGGAUACACCGGAGCCAGGUGUGAGACAGAAAUAGACGAGUGUCAGUCUAACCCCUGUCUCAACGGGGCCACCUGUCUGGACAGACUCAACCACUUCCAGUGUGUGUGUGUGCUGGGAUUCAGCGGCACCCUGUGUGAGAGAAACAAAGAGGAGCAGAAGGAGCGAGUCCCCUGGCUGGUGGUGACUAUCCCCCUGACCACAUUGUGUGUGUUACUGGCCAUCCUGGUGGUGUUUUGCCUCAUCAUGACAGCACGGAAGAAGCGUCAGUCAGAGGGCACGUACAGCCCCAGCUCACAGGAGGUAGCUGGGGCCCGGCUAGAGAUGGGCAGUGUCCUUAAAGUGCCCCCAGAGGAGAGGCUGAUCUGA